GCGCAGAGGAGCGCAAAGCAGCAAAGCAUCGACCUCUCUUCUCUCACUGCCUGUGUGCGCUUGUGUGUGUGUGUUGAUCACGGCCUCUUGGGACUUCCACCCGACAAGGCGAGCCAUAUACACACACACAACGCGCUGCUUCAGCUCCUUUAUUCGCUUUACUGUACAUAUUGUUCGGGCGGCCUGCGCCUCCUGCUAGCAUCCAUCUAUUGCCUCCGCCCGGCUUCCUCCCAGUUUUAACCGUUUUGGCGGGGUUAGCCUUAUACGAUUGCUCCCCCUCCCCCAUCCACUGCGCUGACCUUCUGCUCGGGCCGCAGCCCACCGUUGGUCAAUUAUCCUCCUCCCGGUCUCGCUGCUUCGGAGGAAUCCAUUACGAAUCCCUCCUUCUCCCGCCAACAACACGCCUCUCUGGUCACCUUGCACGAUCUGCAACCUGCUCUGCUGGAUUCCCGAGCGUUGCUUGCUGUUUCAGCGGCAUAAUCCUGGACAAUGGCUGAUGUCGAUGUUGCGCCGACUUUCGGCACGGAGCUCAAGGACGGCUUCAAGCCCGCCAACACUUGGGUGGCCCACGGAAUAUCAUGGCUCGACGAGAUCCAACAGUUUUACCGCGAGAGAAGCGCCAUCGAAAAAGAAUAUGCUGCGAAGCUCAAUGCCUUGGCCAAGAAGUACUUUGAGAAGAAAAACAAGAAGUCGGCACCCCUCAGUGUUGGCGACACGCCUGCCAUGACACCGGGUUCUCUAGAGAGCGCUUCUCUGACGACCUGGUCCACGCAACUCACCACCCUCGAAGCCCGAGCCGACGAACACGAUCGAUACGGAAAUAACCUCCUCUCACAGGUAGCCGAACCCCUCAAGUUCCUGGGUACCCGCUUUGAAGAGUUGCGCAAACGCCAUGCCGACUACGCCGGCAAACUAGAGCACGAGAGAGACUCCCAGUACGCCGACUUGCGCAAAACGAAAGCCAAAUACGAUGGUGCUUGUCAAGAAGUGGAAAGCAAGCGCAAAAAGUCUGAAUCGUCCUUUGACAAGGCCAAGGCGCAAAGCGCGUAUCAGCAGCAGAUACUUGACAUGAACAACGUCAAGAACACAUACUUGAUUGCUAUCAAUGUUACAAACAAGCAAAAGGAGCGCUACUACCACGAAUACGUUCCCGAGGUUAUGGAUAGUCUGCAGGACCUAUCCGAGUUCCGCACCAUGAAGCUGAACGGUCUGUGGACCAUCGCAUCGCAGCUGGAAGCCGCUAUGCUGCAGAGCAGUAAGGGCCUGAUGGAGAAGCUCGGAACAGAGAUAUCCCGCAACCAGCCUCACCUAGACUCCAUGAUGUACAUUCGCCACAACCUCGGCGCGUUCCAGGAACCAGCCGACAAGACGUUCGAGCCCAGCCCUGUCUGGCACGAUGACGACCAAAUGGUCGUGGACGAAUCGGCCAAGAUCUACCUCAGGAACGUCCUCAGCAAAUCCAAGGCGCAACUAGGGGAUCUGCGUAGGGAAGUUGACAAGAAGAGGCGCGAGGUAGAAGCCAUCAAGCGCAUAAAGCAACGGAUCAGGGAAGGCACUGAGAAGAAAGAUGAGGUCAUGGUGGUCACACAGAUAUUUGCACUGCAGGAAGAUCUCCAUGCUGUCGACAGGCGGAGGGUUACCGCCGAGGUCGAGACUUCCACCAUCACCUCGGCUGUAGGCGACGUAUCGCUCGGCGCAAAGAACCAUAACUUCAAGGCGCAAACUUUCAAGAUACCCACUAACUGCGACCUAUGCGGAGAGAGAAUAUGGGGCCUGUCGGCGAAGGGCUUCGACUGCAGAGACUGUGGCUACACAUGUCACAACAAGUGCGAGAUGAAGGUUCCUGCCGACUGUCCGGGCGAACAGACCAAGGAGGAAAGAAAGAAGCUCAAGGCCGAACGCCAGGAAGCAGCCAACUCGCUUCUCAGGCCGACGGCGUCCUCGCCCACAAACGCGUCGGAUUCGCCGACUCUGACGAGAUCGAACACGAUGAACUCGUUGAGCUCGGGAUAUGCGCAUAGCGCACGUCGGUCGAUAACGGGGGGUCCGACGUCACCCAUAGACGAGGCUCCGCCAGAGCCAUCAACCCCUCGCCCUGCAGCUCCUGCAUCGACUGUCAGCUCGACCACGACCCGUAAGAGGGUCAUGGCUCCGCCCCCGGCCGCAUACAUCAGCGAGCUUCCGGGAAGUGCACCGAACGGAUCGAGCUCAUCGGAGCAGCAGAAGGGCAAGAUGCUAUAUACGUUUGAAGCUAGUGGUGAUGGAGAAGUUUCCGUUCCCGAGGGUCGCGAAGUGACGAUGCUCGAGCCGGAUGAUGGUUCCGGCUGGGUCAAGGUGCGCGCUGGCUACAAAGAGGGCAUUGUGCCAGCAAGCUAUGUCGACUGGACGGUCGCUCCUGCAUCGCCCAUGGUUGCGCAAAACACCGGCGCGUCGGCACGACCAGAGUCGACGUACUCCAACUCGGGCUCCUCGAUAGGAACAGCAGGAGCGGGGAAGAAGAAGGGGCCAGCAGUGGCCCCGAGGCGCGGAGCCAAGAAGCUCAAGUACGUGGAGGCGUUGUACGAGUACACAGCGCAGAGCGACGCAGAGCACAGCAUGGCGGAGGGCGAGAGGUUUGUGCUCAUCAAGGACGACCCCGGCGACGGCUGGGCCGAAGUCGAAAAGGGCGGCGUGACAAAGAGUGUGCCCGCGAGCUAUGUACAGGCAGUUUAGGAGUCCUGUGCACGGAAGAAGAGAAGCCACAGAGAACCGGUGUCAUUCGGUAUGACAUCCGCGGAGGAUAGGGCAGGUGCUGUGCCGCCAGACAUGUUACAGGAAGCCGACGAGCGAGGAGUCACCCACAAAUCACCCGUGGGAUCAGUCCCUGCGACACAGGCUCGUUUUGAGCCAGUGACCAGCGUCCGGCUGGUAAGGCGAAACCAGAGUCAACGGGAUCGGCGAAAUUCGACGUUCAAUGAGGUCGCAGCUUGGCGAGCGUCAAGAGAUCGAGGAAGCAGCAUUGGUUAAGGUGCAUUCAUACCGUUUGUAAAGAAGCAGGCGAGAAGGAGUGGGGACGGUUAAACUGAAGCAUUGUUGGCUCUGGCGGUUCCUUUUCUUUCUGUUCUUUCCUGGAGAUUUUGAAGUGGUCCAAAAUAGCAAAAGCAUUAUUCAUUUUUUUUAUGUUCUUUUUUUGUUAUUCCAUCGGCCAAAUCGUCCGGGAUUUUUCUUAUCUUGGAGCAGUGUCUGGUAAUAACGAAAAAGAAGAAAAAAAAGUGCGCCAGACUUGACUGCAAGACGUUCCGAGCCUAUAUAGAUCCGACGCCAGACAUGCGAAAGUUUGUGGGAAGGUGUUCGUCUCGUCCGUGUCGAGCGAAGGUAAAGGGGAAAAAACCUAAAUAAAUAAAACCAUGCGGGACGAAACCUUCGCGUCAUUG